UUACAUCGAUCACCGACAAACACCAAUUCUCCCAUCCGUGGUGAUCUUCCAUUUCGCUGUCCCCUGGGACUAACAGUCCCAUCCUCUGGACUUGCAGCAACAUCACGAGAACUAGUUCACGAUCACGACGACGAAUCCUGGAGUUGAGCCUCAUCCCUAGCCGAGGCGUGUUGGGUUUUGAGCGAGCGGAGCGUACGAUUCUUUGGGCGAAAAGACCGAGCCGACAAACCGUGUUGUGAAAGAGUUCCACAUUACAAGGAUAGCCGUUUCGAAACCCGACAUCCGACUUGAUCGACCACAGACUGAAGAUGGAGGACGCCGCAGAGACCCGUACCAAGGAUGGCUUCAAGGAACUGGCUGAGAAGCCCACCGGUGGAGGCACUGGCUUGGGAGAGGAUGCCCCCGUAGAGCAAGAAAGCGGAACUGCGACCACUGGUACAACAGCUGCUGCAACAGAGACUGCCAAGGGCAAAGACGACGGCAGGCCGGGAACCAAUUCAGGACAGAACGGCGGCUUAGGGGGUAGUGGCGGCGGCCAGCCGACAACAUACGUCGAAUUCCCCAGGGGCGAAGACUACGUUCCCGUCUUUUACAUCAGUGAAGGCACUGCAGCCAUCAAGUACAGCACCAACGACAUCACUCUGAAGAACAUUUACUGGCAAACAACCGGCUCAGGUGGCGAUUACAUUGCCAAUGCCACUUACAAGUCGGGGGAUGAAAACCCCGAAUUAACCACUGGAUUUCAAGAAGUCACCGACGAUCAACUUACACUCUUGCUUGAUGAGGCCCUUCUGAAGGCGUACUUUGACCAGACCAUGGAGAUUCUGGUUGACUGGGAGUCCGAAGACAAGAAGUUUACCGGCAACACUCGUUCGCUCUACUUCAGUGUCAGCAACAAAUCCCAAACCGACACAACGUUGCAGGAGAAAAUAGUGGCCUCGGCUAGUAGCGAGGCAUCUCUCGAGACGACAACCGCGGCGACAGCCACCUCCUCUGCUUCAGCAACCGAUUCUGCUUCAAGCUCUGGUGGAGGAGGUGGUGGACUAUCCACUGGUGCAAAGGCAGGUAUUGCUGUGGGCGCUGUCAUUGGUGGUCUCUUGAUCAUUGGUGCACUGGCCUUCUUCCUCCUCCGCCGACGUCGUCGCAGCAAGCAGCUCGGCGAGGAUUACACCUCUCAGCAAGCGUACACUGUGGACAAGGAGACUCACGGCCGUGCUACCGAUUCACCCAACUCUCCCUACUCAGACGAGAACCAAGUUCAGCCUGUUGCACUCCAGAACAUCACCCACGACCACGAGGAGCAGACGGCCCGCGGAACUCCUACACCGAACAACCUCCCUCGCACAUCCACCGGUUCCCGCAACGCUACACCCCAGGGCAUGUCAUCCAAUGUGGCUCACCUGGUCGAGGAUGGUAUGACAGCCGAGGAGAUUCGGAGGCUGGAGGAAGAGGAACGAGAGCUGGACGACGAGAUCGAGCGUGCUGCAAGACGGUAGUGCCGCCUCGCUUUGCUUCGCCUGGGCAAGGCCGUCUGUUGCCUGUCGACCAGAGAAGUCGAGGGGCACCAUGUUUCUGCGCGUCAUUGGGCUUGGAGUUCUGGAUCGUCACUUUUAUCAUUCUCUUCACUGUCUCUUGUCGGGUCGGCCACUCAUGUACCCUGCUUGAUUCAUUCGUCGUCAUCGUAGCGUUGCCACACGUGCCUCAUGCCUCAUCCAUGAGGCGCCCCUGAAUGGCUAGCUGGUUAUGUGUUUGGAGAAAUACCAUGGAUGUUCUGCGAGAUGAUGAAGGGUAAAAAAUCUAUCAGCUCGUUUGGAUGUAUAUUGAUGUAGCGUUAAGAAGUAUGGACUCAAGUUAUGAGGGUAAUAUUACACUUUGGAUUCACUAAUUCCAUCUUCCUGUCAUGUGAU